AUGGCAGACAACGCCCUUGAGGGGGGUCCGUCGGUGCCGUUUCGGCCUCUUUUAAGGAAUCAUUUCGAGCGCUGGCGUCGUGGGGUCGAUCGGCCGCUGCGGACGCUUCGCAAUUACGCCAGGGAACGGGUGCAGCGGUGGGUUGAGGUCGAUGGGCUGCGUCCGCACUCCUCCUCCCCCAGCUCCCAUUUCCCGCCGCCGUCUGCUCGAUGCAUUCCCGCGCGCCACCGUAGGGGGUGUCGUCGACAUCAACGCCUGCUCGACAACAUCCUCCGACGUGAAGUCUACGUGUUUGCCUGCCCUACUCAAAGGGGCGGCGGCUCCCCUCACUUCGGUGGGGAAUUGAAGAAGGCGCUUCUUUAUCCUGAGGAGCUGCGUAGCGGCUCGAUGACCGUCAAGAGGCGCGCCGUGCGGGGGUUGUUGCGGGAGGAGGGCAUCGAAUGGCUUUCAACAGGCCGUGCCCCGCCCUCGGAGGAGGUCACCGCCAUGAGGGAGAGCGGCCCGCGAAGGGGGGUGCUCUUUGCCCGCAUCGCGCGGAAAACUUUCCACGUGCCUUUUUCCCAGCCUACAUGCACCCCGGACUCUUCUGCGGCGUGGGUCGAUUAUCUGAUCCACUGCGGUAUGCGGCGGGAGCGGGCCCUGGUGUUUGCUUUCUUUUUCUACGAGGCGGUGGAAGAGGAUCUUUUUCAUGACGAGGGGGAGGUUCCUGCCGCCGCCAUCCCCACUGACAGCCUAUUCAGCGACCGUCAUCCCAUCCUUGGCGGGGAUGGGGCGGCCUACCGAAAAAAACCCGACGGCGAGCUGCCAUGGUGCCUGGAGAGCGAUUCGGACGAGGAGUCGUUGGAAAAAGGGGGGGGUAGCGUCGGUGAGGGCAUGGAUCCGGGGCACCAUGCCGCCUUCGAUGAGGACAAGAGGAGCGGAUUAUCGCCAUCCCGCGUGGGGGUUGCUGCGGACGACAGCCGACGAUUGCUGCGACUCCUACCCCCACCCCGCGUGACCUGGGAGGCGGUUGUAAACAGCACCCGUUGGAUGCUGUGGGAUCCCGCGCCGGGCGGAUCCGUGGCGGCGUCCGGCCCCUCCCCUGCGGGGCGCGUGGCGAUCCGCCGGGCCGCUCGUGCGCUUCUCCGGCGCCCCUUUUCGACGAGCGCGCGGCGUUGCCGCUGCAGCCGGCGCGUCUUCGGCUACGAACGCGAGGUGGCCGACCUCCUCGCGGCGCAUCGGGCGGCCUGGGAGGGGGCCCUGGCGGAUGCGGCGAUCCGUCGCGUUCUGGCCCACGACGCACCUCCCCCCGAAGCAGAUCCGCCGGGCUCCAGGCAGGAUAUCACGCGACGUGUCUUUCUCGCGUGCGUGCCGCACGCUUGGCGCCGUUCCGCGGGAAUCCAAGACGAUAUGGAGUUGCACUGGGCCUAUGCCGUGGCCCUUGAGGCACGCGCGCGGCAAAUGGAAAUGAUUGGGGAGCCAUUAUCCCCUCAAUAG